AUUGAUUCGACCAACUUUGUCGCCAAUCGCUUACAGAAAGUUGCCAGUCAGCAUUAAUGGAAGAAUGGGUGCAAAUCCAGCACUGGCACAGCAAGGCAUAGAGUAGUUAACAUUUUGAUCAGUGCAGGUGUAGCAUUAGUAUAGCACAAUGUUUUCUCGUGUGAAGGAUUUCCUCUACCGGCACCGGAGGAAGUUUCUAAUUGGAGGAGUCAUUGUAGGUGGUGCUGCAUUCCUCAGCCGCUAUGCCGAGAGGAAGCUGCUGGAGUGGCACGACCAGCAGACACGGGCACUGCUGGAGAAGCAGAAGAAACGGCAACACUAUGAGAACACUUAUAGAACGGCAAAUGCCACAGUGAUGAGUCUGUCUGGGAGCAUGAAAGAAGUGCUGACGAGGGAGCUGGACACUGAGACACUCCUGCAGGCAGUGAAGGAGCAGCCCCAGCACAAGCGUAACAUCUGGGAGCAGCUCAAAGUGGUGGGAUUCAGCCGAGCCAUAUCUACAGUGUACAUUGCCAGCCUGGUGGGUGCUGCUAUUCGCAUGCAACUCAUGCUGCUUGGGGGCUACACUUUUGGUGACCUCAUUCACUCUGGCCAUGCUGGCUUACCCAUCUCCCAGACACUGCAGCAGAAAUACCUCACAGCUGUCCACUUCUUAGUAGAGGAAGGAAUACCCAAACUGGUGCAGCACAUCACACAAGUAGCCACACGCAUAGUCAGCGGAAUUCCACUCAACCGCUCUCUCACUCUAUCCCAACUGGAGGCAAUCUUUCACGAGAUCAGACUUGUCAUUGCCGGGGAGAACACUUCUCAUGGUGACGGCCAAAGCAGGAGGCAGAAGGUGGAGCCAUGGAGCAAGUAUGUCCUGCAGCUGCCUGUGCCUCCUGAUGGGGAGUCUGAGGAGGAGAAGAUCCUCUAUAACAUGCUCAUUGAAACCAGUGACAUACUUGACAGUGAAGACUUUGGCACUGUAAUGGACACACUGAUACAACAUGGUUUUAACAUAAUGCUGGACAGAAUGGCAGACUUUUAUCCUGUUACAAAACCCCAACAAGAAAAUGGCUCUAUGGAAAAGUGGGUGGAUAACAUUAGCCGAGACUUGGAUCCAGGACUGCCACCAGAUUUGGGUGACAAAAUAGCCGGACCUCAGACUGGACCUCCUCACUCCAACUUCAUCAAUAGCACCUCUGUUCCUGUGGCCAAACUGGUGCCAGUCUUGUCUGGGCUUGUCCACGCUGCACUCUCCCCCACCCCUGGCCAGCUACUGCAGAAGGUCCUCACCAAUGACAAGCUGGAUUCCAUGGGUGCCAAUGUGUAUGAAGCCUUUGCUCUGCCUCUCAGCCAAGCAGUGUGACAAGUGCGCAAGCUGUCAGCAGUCUUUGAAGUGUUACUGUAUCAUUGAGGUUCAAAAUAUACUUGUUUUCACUCUCUAUUAUUGUUAUUGUUAUUGUUUUUGUUGUUGCUAUUGCUAUUAUCAUCAGCAUACAAGCCCUGUGUUUAGCAAAAGGCAAUUUUUCAUCAUAGUUUUUAUCUUAUUAUUAUUAUUACUUUUUUUGUUAUUAUUAUUAUUAUUAUUAUUAUUAUUAUUAUUAUUGCUGUUCCCAUCAUCAUAUGCAUCUAUGACCACCAAAGGAUAAAUUCAAAUCAAAAUAAUUGUCUCUUUUCACUAUCUUUAUUCUUCUUCACAUAAAGAUGAGCCAAGUAUUCACUAGUAUCACGACAUCUUUAUUUACCAGAGCACAUUAAAUCACUCUCUUGACUGACUGUAAAGGAAGAUUAGAGAGAGAAGACAACUGUUGGGAGGAAGUGCAUGUACUGACUGGAGGGAAGCUGUCAGGAAUAGCCAUCUUGCAAUGAAGUGUGUGAUACAAUGAGGCCAACUUUUUUUAUCUUUCUUCUUUCAAACUCCCUUCAGUCCAGUUUCUCACAUUUCCUCCCUGCACAGCCACUUGCUUAAGCUGGAAUAGAGAAAGAAGUUGAAACUGUAUCUCUUAUCCUUACUGGAUUUACUUGAAUACAUUGUGAAGAGUUUAUUUUUCUACUUUCAAACUCUCUUCAGUUCAGUUUCUCACAUUUCCUUCCUGCACAGCCACUUACUUAAGCUGAUUUAGAGAAAGAAGUUGAAUUUAUAUCUAACUUCCUUACUGAAUUAACUAAGUACAUUGUGAAGAGUUAAUGGGAUUUUCCUAUUUUCAAACUCCCACAGUCCCAUUUCUCACAUCUCCCCUCUGCACAGCCACUUGCUUGAUUUGAUAGAGGGAAAGAAUAAUCUGUAUCUCAAUCAUUUCAUUACUGGAUCAAGUGAAUACAGUAUGGAUUGUUAAGAGGAUUCAAACAUGGGGUAUAUUUCAAAUUAUGGGAUAUAUUUUUCAAGCAACUGUGCAGCUCUUCAGUAUGUUAACUUCACACUGAUUGUCUUUCAUCCAACACUGUACAAGACAGUAAACAAAGUGAUGUUGAU